CACCUCACGCUUCUAGAAUAGAUAUUUGGCCUUGAAUUCCACUUCCCUUCUGCUUCCUCCUUUCUUCGCUUCGUCAAACCCAUUUCCUAUCUCCUUGCUUCCCCGGUUCCCCCCAACGUCAGUCAUCAUGGUCAACUUCAGGUGGUGCUCUCUCGCCCUGCUCGCUCUCCGCGCCGUCUCUGUCUUCGCACAAGAAGAGACCAUCGGCGAUGAUUCGACCGCGGCUCCCGUCUCACAGCCCGAGCUGAAGGCCGAUAUCGAGACUACCUUCCCCGAUGCCGACAUCUUUGGCGUCAAACUCGUAAACGGCAAGGUCACCAAGGCCCUCAUCGAUAUCACCAACCAGGAGGAUGGCCCUAUCCAGGUCGCCUUCGUUGGCGGUGCCCUCAAGACCACUCGCCCCCUGCCCGAGGACGCGCCUGUCUACGCCCAGAUUGUGCGCAACUUAACCGCCACUCGGUUCCAGAUCGAGAUUCCGGCUGGCGAGAAGCAGACUCUCCCUUACAACUUUGUCUUGGAUAUGAUGCCCCAGGAUGUCGUUGUCGAGCUUCUUGCCGUCGUCACCAACCCCGCCGGCGAGGUUUUUGAGAUCCAGCUGCACAACGGCACCGCCAGCAUUGUUGAGGCCCCCACCAGCAUCUUCGACCCCCAGAUCAUUUUCCUCUACCUCUUCUUGACCGGUGUCUUCGGCGCUACCCUCUACUUCGUCUACAAGACCUGGAUCGAGGCUCUCUUCCCCCAGGCUGUUAAGAAGACCAAGGCCCCUAAGGUCAAGAAGGUCGAAGUUUCCGAGCCCUUGUCUGGUUCCGAGUCGGCCGGUGCCACCUCUGGCGGCGAGAAGAACUUUGACGAGAGCUGGAUUCCCUCGCACCAUCUCAACCGCCCCGUUGCCCGCCGCGUCAAGAGCGGUGCCAGCGCCAAGGCCAAGAAAGGUGGUGAUCAAUGAACGGGGGGACUGCAACAACCUUCUUUGCAGUUUUCGCGUAAACACACCUUCUUAUAGACAUCUAAUCACAUUGGAUCGAUCCUGUUCUCUUUAUGUCUUUAUAUACCGGGAGCUGGUGGUUAUGUAAACCGCCAGCAGGCAGCUCCCUUCCUGCCAAAAUUUUGUAAGAUUGGUCUACCUAGUGCUGGGCUCAACAUUUCGACGGGACACAGGAAGCUGGUGAUACGAUGAGAAAUGGGAUCUUGCGAGCCGAAAUUCUUCUGAAGUUGAAAACAGCGAAGCACUGCAAGCAGUACACCAGCUCAGUCAUAACGGAGUCAAGGGGAAAACGCAGAGAUUUGUACCAUAUAACGACGAUGAGAUAUGAAAUGGCUAUUUAUUAGGUAUACAUGGGCCGACUG